AUGGAAAAAGGAAUGACACUCAGAGAUGGGAAACAAAUAAGAGCAGAAGGAGGAUCAGAUGAAGAAGAAAGGAGACAUGGAAUGGGCUUAAAAUUAAAUAAAGAAAAAUGUGAAUUUUUUAAAAAUGAGAUAAUAUAUUUGGGAUACAAAAUAAAUCAAAAUGUUAUACAAUUAGAUCCUCAAAGAAUAAAGAUAAUUCAAGAAUAUGCUAGACCUAAAAAUUUAAAGACUUUAAGAGGCUUCUUAGGAAUGCUAAAUUAUUAUAAAAUGUUAAUGAAUAAGUUAGGGGAUUUGAAGAGACAAAAUGAUGAAUUACAGAAAAAGUUGGAACUGAAAGAUAUUGAAAUGCGAGAACAGCAUAAACUAUUCCAAAUACAAUUAAAAGACAAAUUACAUGAAAUUUUAUCUCCAAUAUUUACACCUGGCCAGAUAAGGAAGUUGUUACAUCCUAAACAAAAAAAUGUAAAGUGGUCCAGCGAAGACAUUGCCUCGGCCAAAGCUUUAAGAAGUGUUAGCCCUAAGGGUUAUAGAUAUUUGCGGAAAAAGGCUACCCACUACCUGGGUUAA